UUUAAUUAAUGCAAUCACAACCAGGAAUAUUAGAUUUAUCUGCCUAUAAUUUACCUAAAAGUGAAACUCUUCCAUUAAGAAUACAAGAGAACUUUUCUCUUUAUGGUGUUAGAUAUACUUAAUUGGUUGUUGUGGCAAUUGCAAUAGGAGGGUAAAAUAAAUCUAUAUUUAAGACUCACAAACUUUGCAGUUUUGCUAACACUCUUUCUUAGUUAUUUAGGGUAUUAUUUUGUUAUUAAAAUAAAGAUGGGCAUAUAUUAUGAAAUAAAGCUCCAUUUUAGAUUAUUUACCUGAUUUGGGAUUUGUCAACACUCAAGACAAAAAAAUGAUACUUUUACUUCUAUGUAACAUGAAUAACAAUUAAUUUAGUUAAUAUUUUACUAAUUUUGGCUAUUUCAGGCCCUCACAUAUUAACAUAUGUUGGCCUUGGAUGUUUAAUUGUGAUUGUACAUGCAUCAUUAUGGAAAAGUGCCUCAACUCUCCCAGGAUAAGAUAUUUAAUAAGAGUUCGAUAAAGUCUUAAUGUAGAACGACGUUGAAUUAAUUAAUCAUUGAAGUAUAUAAAU